CGCCACAGCAGCAGCAGAAGGCAAACAUCGAGUAGGAGCAGCCGAGGCGGACAGAGAGGAGAGGAGAGCCACCAACGCAGCAGCAGACGUACUCUGACAACCCCGAACUAUACCAUCGUCACGGCGUUUGGCGUCAACAGCCCAGUACGCUCUUGUUUUCGUCUCAUGCAUUUUUAGAAAGAGCCCGUCGUCAUCAUGACAGCGGAAGAAACCAUCAACGUGAAGGAGGUGGAGAUCAUCAAGGUGAUCCUGGACUUCCUCAACUCCCGGAAGUUACACAUCAGCAUGCUGGCCCUGGAGAAGGAGAGUGGCGUCAUCAACGGACUGUACUCUGAUGACAUGCUCUUCCUCAGGCAACUGGUUCUUGAUGGCCAGUGGGACGAGGUGCUGCAGUUCAUUCAGCCAUUAGAGUGCAUGGAAAAGUUUGAUGGAAAAAGGUUCCGCUACAUCGUGCUGAAGCAGAAGUUCUUGGAGGCUCUGUGUGUGAACAACGCCAUGUCGGCCGAGGACGAGCCGCAGCACUUGGAGUUCACCAUGCAGGAGGCCGUCAAGUGUCUCCACACCCUGGAGGAGUUCUGCCCCUGUAAGGACGACUACAGCAAACUGUGUCUGCUGCUGACCCUGCCGCGGCUCACCAACCACGCAGAGUUCAAGGACUGGAACCCCAGCACCGCGCGGGUGCACUGCUUCGAGGAGGCCUGCAACAUGGUGGCAGAGUUCAUCCCCGCUGACAGGAAGCUGAGCGAGGCCGGGUUCAAGGCCAGCGGGAACCGCCUCUUCCAGCUGCUCCUCAAGGGAGUCCUGUACGAGUGCUGCGUGGAGUUCUGCCAGAGCAAGGCCACCGGCGAGGAGAUCACGGAGGGCGAGGUGCUCCUGGGCGUGGACAUGCUGUGCGGCAACGGCUGCGACGACCUGGACCUGUCGCUGCUCUCCUGGAUGCAGAACCUGUCGGCCGGCGUCUUCUCCUGCGCCUUCGAGCAGAAGCAGCUCAACAUCCACGUGGACCGCGUGUCCAAGCCCGCCAAGACGGGCUACGCCGACCUGCUGACGCCGCUCAUCAGCAAGCUGUCCCCCUACCCGUCCUCGCCCAUGCGCCGGCCCCAGUCGGCCGACACCUACAUGUCCCGCUCGCUGAACCCGGCGCUGGACGGCCUCUCCUACGGCCUCUCGGGCCAGGAGAAGAGGGGCUCGGCCGGGGGCGAGCCGGCGGCGGGGAAGGGGGCGUCGCCCAUGUCCCACUCCUUCGCCAACUUCCACUACCCGGGGGCGCCGGGGCAGAACCUGAGCCGCAGCCUGAUGAUGGAGAGCGCCGACUGCCACAGCAUCUUCGAGGAGUCGCCCGAGACCUCCAGGACGGACACGCCCGUGGACCCCGCCAUGCUGAGCUCAGGGGGAGCGCAGAGCCUGAGGCCGGCCUCCGCCCCCGGGGAGGACGCCCCCACCCCGGAGCUGGCCGACAGCACCGAGCUGCGCGACUCCACGGAGAAGUUUGAGGAGUUCUACCGCCAGCGGCUGCGCGUGCAGCAGCACCUGGAGCAGAAGCAGCAGCAGAGGCAGCUGUACCAGCAGAUGCUGCUGGAGGGCGGGGUCCAGCAGGAGGCGCCCGCAGCCGACAUGCAGAACAGCCUCACCGAGAAGUUCCUCAACAGGUCCAUCCAGAAGCUGGAGGAGCUGAACGUGGGCAUGGAGAGCCUGGGGGAGGAGGUGCAGUCGCUGGCCCAGCAGUGCAACGGGGCUACCCCGGCCAUGGAGGACAGCGUGGACCUGUCGGCUCCCCCGGGCCCCGAGCAGGGCCCCCCCAGCGGGGGGGGAGGGGUGCGGAGCAGCACCCCGCAGCGUGCGGCCGGGGGGCACGCCAUCCCACCGCCUAAUGAGUCCCCCGUCACCCCCCAUAGUGGGCUGAAACACAUGGAUGGCAGCAAAGGUGAUUCCCCGCGCUCCUUAGGCUCCAGUCAAGAGUCCGACCAGCCCAUAGAUCUGUUCGUGCCGGUGAACACGCUGGAGGACACGCAGGCCAUCCGCGCCGUGGCCUUCCACCCGGCGGGGGGGCUGUACGCCGUUGGCUCCAACUCCAAGACCCUGAGGGUGUGCGCCUACCCGGACACGCUGGAGACCAGUGAGUCCACUCCGUUGAAGCAGCCGGCGGUGGUCUUCAAGAGGAACAAGCACCACAAGGGCUCCAUCUACUGCGCUGCCUGGAGCCACUGUGGGCAGCUGCUGGCCACCGGCUCCAACGACAAGUAUGUCAAGGUCCUGCCCUUCAGCGCAGAGACCUGCAACGCCACAGGCCCCGACCUGGAGUUCAGCAUGCACGACGGCACCAUCAGGGACCUGGCCUUCAUGGAGGGCCCGGAGAGCGGGGGGGCCAUCCUGAUCAGCGCUGGGGCCGGGGACUGCAACAUCUACACCACCGACUGUCAGAGGGGCCAGGGCCUGCACGCGCUCAGCGGACACACAGGUCACAUCCUGUCUCUGUACACGUGGGGCGGCUGGAUGAUCGCCUCGGGCUCCCAGGACAAGACGGUGCGCUUCUGGGACCUAAGGGUGCCCAGCUGUGUCCGCGUGGUGGGGACCUCCUUCCACGGUUCAGGCAGCCCCGUUGCCUCGGUAGCGGUGGACCCCAGCGGGCGUCUCCUGGCCACGGGCCAGGAGGACAGCGCCUGCAUGCUGUACGACAUCCGGGGGGGCCGCACCGUGCAGACCUACCGCCCCCACGGCAGCGACGUGCGCUCGGUGCGCUUCUCCCCCGGCGCCCACUACCUGCUCACCGGCUCCUACGACACCAAGGUCAUGGUGACCAACCUCCAGGGGGACUUGACCAAGCAGCUGCCCGUGACGGUGGUGGGCGAGCACGGGGAUAAGGUGAUCCAGUGUCGGUGGCACCCGAACGACCUGUCCUUCCUGUCGUCCUCCGCAGACCGCACUGUGACACUCUGGACGCACAAGCCCUAGCACGCCCUAGCACACACACACACACACGACUAGCGUUCGAACAUGUCCAGCUCCAAUACAUUCUUUACACGCCCCCCAGCCACACACACACACACACACACACACACACACACACACACACACACACACACACACACACACACACACACACACACACACACACACACACACACACACUACGGCUGUACGGUUUGCGUCACACAGACAUGAGUGGCCUGUCAGGCCCCCCUGGCAUGCAGCCUGCUUACUCCAGAACAAACCAGAAACCACACACACUGCACACCCACCCAGUGAACGAGGCUUGCCUCUUUUAUCCCAUGGGAAAUGGUAAUGCGUACGAAAUCUGCCAGGCAUCUAGAUGGGCCCUGAUUGGAGGGUUUUAGUCACGUGAAUGCUUUUUGGUUUGCGUUCGGCUUGCUCAGUUUCCUCCAUUUCAUUUGUUUUCAUGUGGUCAGGUCCCUCAUCUCUUUUAUUUCUUUAACCGCGCCCACUGCUCACCAGGCACAGCACUGAAUACAUGAUCUGAUUACAGCGAAUAUAAAUGAUGGUGCCUUCCUGCAGUUUCCCCGACCUAAAGAAAACUCUCAAAGAUUAACAUAAACCAUGGUCUUUUCUAAAGGUCAGGUUUUGGUUCACGGUUUUGACAUGAAAUGCAUUCCUGCCCUUUGUCCAGUCAGUCUUUCGCUAUUCUUUUUUAUAUUAUGCUGCUAUUUGGAAGUCAUUGUUGAGAUGUUGAUAUUAAGGUGGGGCUGUGAAUGUACAUUUCAAUGCAUCUAUACAUCAGGCCUUCAGGAAACUGAAUAGGUGGCAAGUUAUACAAUAGCCUAACUAUAUGUCAUUCAUUCUACCAGUACCUUCAACCUUCUCAUGUAUAGUGUAACUGUUCUUAUUCUAUAGAUCUCAGCGUUGUACAUAGUGGGAUGACCUUGUAUAAACUCGCUUGAUGUAAAUGUAAAAAACAGUGUUUCGCUCUAAAAGCUGAUACAUUGUCUUGAAAUAGCUUGCAAUUCUUUUUUUUUUCUAACAUAUGGCCCCAAAGGGAAUUACAAAUAUGCUUUGUUGUUUAUAUUUGCAUCCUGGCGUUGGGUGCAGGAUUAACAUCGUACAGGUGGUCUACUGUGUGAGGGUUCAGUAGGUCUGAAGCUUUGGCCGUUGAAAAAGGGGUCAUUAUAUGCACAUUGAAAUCUUAAAAAGCACGCAGUUGUUUUGUCGUUCAUUUCAAUGCCAGUAUUGUAUGUUUGCACAUUUUCUUUGGAUUUUUUGUUACUAAUUGACCCUUCUAGUUGAUUAAUAUCUUAAGCUUUUUAAAUUAUUGUUCACGUAGUGUCUCUGUUGAACUAAAAAGUGGCCAAACUAAAGCAGGUGUAUUUAUUUCACUGUCUCUUCAUGUGAACUGAUGGUUCUAUGAAAUGAACGCAGCCGUUUUUCUAUGUGUUUUAUUAUGUGAUUAAGUUAAUGCUACUUAAUUGAAGUGUAAAUUACUGGUUUAUCGAUGGAAUAAAAAGGUAUAUUACACUUCAGAUGCUAAAAACAUUUUCUCCACCUUCUAUUCACAAUAAAAAGACAAGACAAUUCCCCUUC